AUGGAUGAACUUCGGCAAAGAGCGGGAGAAAAAUUCGAAGCUUUACAUGAAGCUGCUGUAGUUGCCGCUAAUAGUAGUAGAAAUAGAGUAUACAAUGUUUAUGAUCAAACUGCAGAAGCCAUUAGUAAGAUUCGAGAAACAUUUGCAGACUUGUGGCAUCAUGACCUAGUGGCGGAGGGAAGGGCUAAGGCGUCAGCAUGGGCCCGGGAAGCAGCCCGAAGGAUACAGGAAGGCGCUCCGCCCCUCUCCCCAAUGAUACUUUACGAAGAACUUGUCGCUUUACUCAAAGACCAUAUGUGGCGUCGCAGUAUGAUAAUAUUCUUCUGUGGGGCCGCGGUCGGAGGAAGUGCAGGGCUUUUAAUAGGGCUUCGAGCCGGGACCAGAGUCCCAAAUGGGCCACACGCUAGGGCUCUUCACACACAGGCUGAUCAAACAGUCUUACUUGUAGAAGAUGCUGUAUCUCCAGGGGCGGGUACGGGGGAAGUACUGGUACGUGUGCAGGCUUUCAGUGUUUCCAGUACUGAUCGAUGUGUUCUAAGAGGUCGUGGAUCAGCUCUUAGAUCACUCUUGACCAAUUCCCAAGUCACAGUUGGCAGGGGGUUUGCUGGCGUAGUACUGGACGUGGGUCAAGGGGUGACGGAUUUGGAAAUGGGUGACGAAGUAUGGGGAUGUGUCAGUGAAUGGUGCGGUGGAGCUGCUAACGAGUUACUUGCUAUCAGAAGUACAAGAGUUAGUAAACGUCCGCGCCAUUUGGCUGCAGAUACUGCAGCGGCCUUGCCUUGGACGGGAUCACUCGCACUGAACGCCUUGCAAAGGAUACAGUUCACUCCCACAAAUUGUAAAGGAAAACGUGUUUGCGUUGUGGGCGCAAACAGUGGGGAGGGAUGUGCCUUAGUGCAACUGCUGAGCUCGUGGGGGGCAAGAGUCACAGUAUCAGCGCCUAGAAAUUCUCACAGAACUUUGAAAGACUUAGGUGCCCAAGACUUUAUAGACAGUGAGGGUAUUAACGCUCACGUCUUCCCCUCAUGGCUGCCAUUGGAGCAGCAUGCGAGUCGCACUGGCUUGUGGGACUCCGCCAUUUGCUGUCAGGGUGCUCCGCCCCCGCCACCGCCACCAUUACUCAAAGCAACCGCGUCUCGAAAAGCUUUAGUAGAUGUUCGACCAAAGCCUUUAAUAACAGACCGUCUUCCGACGCCAUUUUGGAUUAUAUUUUGUUCUUCCUUCUAUAUGUUUAGAACUCUCAGGUGGAUAUUAGGGUGCGGUUCGAACACAGAUUGGUUGGAAGAUAGAAACAAAUUGCGAGACGGUCUCGAAAGUUUGCGAUUGCUCGUCGAUUCUGGACAGCUCGCGCCUAUUUUAGACAAAGUUUUCUUUCCUCAAGACUUUGAGUCUGCAUUAGCGCAUGCGUGCAGCGACAACGCCUUUGGAACGACCGUCAUAAGAUUCCCA